AGAAAGAGCGGAAAGCAAAACAAAAGAAAAUUGAAUCGGUCGGUCGUGGGUGCGUUGUGUCGGCUGAUUUUCGACUGUUUUCGUCUGCAAGCGCUUUAAUUAAACCGUAAAAACCAAGCCUGUAAACUCCCACAAACGCUAACACGCUCUGACUAAACUAAAGAGCCCUUAUUUUGAGUAAAAAUCGAAAACAAAACCGUGGACUACGCGAGAAUCCUUGCAACCCGUGUUGUUGUUGCUGUUUUGCGCUUGCCGAAAUACAAAUAAGGAGGUGAAGAGGAGAACAAGAAGAAGAACUAAAGUGUGUCCUUACGCCAGAGUGAAAUAGAAGAGUGUGUGUGAAGAUAUCGGCAGGCAAUACCGUUAUCACAGACCCGGCAAAAACAGAAAGCUGCAGGACAAAUCAUGUUGAUCUCGUGCAAAUGCUCGAAUUUCGUUGCCUCGACCUCGAAAUUGCAGCGCAGCACCAGCGGGGGAGUGGGGUUCCAUUCUAACGGCAACGGCAAUGGCACUACAGGUGCGAGCGGGACGGCCGCCGGCGAGGUCCCACUGUCGAUCCUGCUGUCGCAGGUGUUCCAGCAGAAGUAUCCCAGGGACUUCAUCUACCACAGCCAGUUCAUGGACUUCUUCAAGAACGCCCAUGGACCCAUUCCAGACCUCAACGUGGCCGUGAUCAAUCAGCGAGAGCUGCUAUAUGGCCUCACCUUGGACGCCGCUGGCCAAAGCUGGCAGCUGACCCUGUGCAUCAACUGCAAGGAAGUGCUGUGCGCCAAGCGACUGACGGCCGGUGCCGGGGCCACGCCCACCCUCUACCUCAUCAACCUCAGGCUGCUGAGCAGCAGCGAGGAACUAGCGCAGCGCAGAUCCAACAAGUUAUACUCGGAGACCUUCGAGCUGCUGAUCAUGGACAUGGACAAAGACAGUGGCAAGGAUUCGUUGCCUGAGGGACUUACCAGUGGUAUAUCAGCUUCAGCAUCCAGCCUGAGCUUAGGCAAGGCGUUCGCCAGUUCAAUAGACGCGCGGGCACAGAGAUGCCGGAUGAUUCAGGCCUAUCAGCAGGCGCGAUUGCAGGAGGAGAUAAUGGAGACGAACGGUCGCAUCGAGAGGUAUGCCAACAAUCAGUUCCAGCUGCUGAACAGCUUCCGGGAGAAGUCGGACCAGGACUUGGCGCUGCUGCUGCGGUUGAUCCGUGCGCAGCCCGAGCAGGCCUUGGAGCUGCUGGAUCGUGCCAUGCCCCCCGCCCUGGAAGUGGCUAGCAAUCAGCCGCAGAGUGCCACUGCCCGGCGCAGGAAUACCAUCAGCAGCCGGAGGGAGUUGAAUGGACCCACAACGCCCACCACCACGCUGAAUCAUCCACCCAACUUCCUCACGCUGAACCAGCAGCCGCAACAGCAGCAGCAACAGCAACAGCCAUUAUCCGGUGCCUCCUCGGUUGCCAGGAAGAUGUCGCACUUUGACACACCGCCCGCCACCCCAGAAGCCACGCCCAUGAGCGUGGGCAACAGUCCCACCUUCCGACAGCAAUCGUCUGGCGGUUCUGGUGGUGGUGGUCAACCCACCCAAAUGCUGGCCACCAAUGGAGUGACCUCGUCGCAGGCCGCUGCAGAUGAUGCGGAUGACUGCCUGUUCGAUCUGGAGGAUGUGGAUGCACCGGCGGUGCAGUCUGUGCCGGUGCCUAGCUACCCGCGCAACAUGAUCUACCAGCAGGAGUCGCACCAACCGCGUCAUAAUCCGUUCCAGAAUGUGGAGCAGGAGAGCAGCAUGGGAAAUGUGCUGGACGAUGAGGCAGCCGACGAAGCUGAAGAUGCUCUCGAUCUGAACAGCUCCAUUUCCAUACCAACGCGAGGUGGUCGUCCCACGCAGGCGCAGCUGAUGAACUUCGCCCGGAGCCUGCCCAUUGAGAUAGCCAACACCACGCUGGCCGAGCGAGCUGCUGGGGCCAACAAUAACAAUUAUGCUAUGGGAUGCGAGGAGGGAAUGGACAACAUAGACAUAGCGGCCAGCAUCCAGGCGCUGACCAAGAGCGUCCAUGGCGAGGCUGUGUUUGGGGAUCUGCCCCGACCCCGGCUGCGAUCCCAGAUUGAGGGCUAGCGGCGCUGGCGGGGAUUUUAGGAGUCACCACUACGUACACAUAUAUAUAUUUAAAUAUAUAUAUAUAUAUAUAUCAGCUCGUAAUCUGCAUACUUUGUUAGCUUGUAGCCCAGCCGCCUUGAUUGAUUGUUUGUUUUCGCUACCUAAACUAAAUUAGUUGCUCAACGAAACAAGGACACAACAACACACACGAAGCGCCUUCCACACAAACAAACACAACAUGUCCUUCAUCUAACCACACCCACACAUGAAACCACAUACGCACCACCUACCAACUACCAAGUACCAACUAAGCAGACAGUUUGCAAUUUUCUUUAAUAAUAUUAUCGCCUAUAAGUUUCUAUUUCAUUUUUUCGGAUGAUCUUCGAUUGGAAAUGUGUAUUUUCUUCGUACGACGAGUGUAGUACGGCUGUCGUUGGCUGUUGCACAUUGAGUUAACUAACUGAUACUGAUACUGAUGAUGUUGUUAGUUUAUACAAUGAAUAAUCUAGUAUACAUAUACAUACAUUAUAUAUAUAUAUAUUAUACAAAAAAACAUAAAGAAACCAUAAAGAAUGCCAUCAGCUCCCCAGCUGUGACGCAAAGCAAGACGCACCACAAGAGCGUUCAAUCUAA